AUGGCGCUCGAGCACCACCACGCCACCUACCUCCAGCCUGGGUCGCCAUCUUUCUUCCCCUUCCUGUCCUCACCGCCACAGCACCAGAGGAACUUCCACCUCAGCACCACCACCCCUACCUCGGCCAGCCUGUCAGUCUCCGAGGUUGGCAGCACUGGCCAGGCUGCCCCCGACUCGUCCCACCCUGGCGGAGGCCACUGCGAGGACGACACCCCAGCGUCGGAGACGACGACGUCGGCGGGCGACGCGGCCACUCCGACCUCCGCAUCCGGUGGCACCGCCAACAGCGCCAGCGGAGGCACUGAUAACAAAAGUGGGGGAACCACCACGGCCAGUGCUGCCAACGGAGUGGGCGAGGAGCAGCGCUCCAGCGACGCUGGCUCGGCCAGCACUGCCAACACGAAGCCGCCGUUCUCCUACGUGGCGCUCAUAGCUAUGGCCAUAGCGCAAUCGCCGCACAGGAGGGCAACUCUGUCGGAGAUCUACGCCUACAUCACGAGCCGCUUCCCCUACUUCGAGCGCAACAAGAAGGGCUGGCAGAACUCCAUCCGGCACAACCUGUCGCUCAACGAGUGCUUCGUCAAGGUGCCGCGAGAGGGCGGCGACCGCAAGGGCAACUACUGGACGCUCGACCCGCAGUACGAGGACAUGUUCGAGAACGGCAACUUCCGCCGGCGGCGGCGCAUGAAGCGGCCGUUCCGCCCCCCGCCUACCCACACUACGCCAGGUACGAGCACAGGUCCCACUUCGAUCAGUGAGCACGCCACUACGCAGCCUGUUUCCAAACGUCGACCCCGCCUCUUUGGCUGCCUUCGCUCCCGCUGUUCCGCCCCACGCUGCCGACUGACCGGUUCGCCCGGCGCUCUCCGUUGCAGCUGGUCGCUGACGCAGUCGACGGGGGCGGCAGGCGCGGUGCCGUCGAUGUCGGUGUCGGUGGCGCCGGGCUACGGCUCGCCGCCGCAGCUGUGCCACCAGGCCGUCAGCUCCGCCCCCACCGCCCCCACUGUGGUGGCGGCUCGGGCCAGCGUCGCGCCCGGCGGCGGCGUGUCGCACGGCGCCUUCUCCCCACUGCAGGCGCAGCUCCAGCACCACCAGGUCCAGAACAUGCAGCUGCAGGCGGCAGUGAACGGCUACUCCCAGCUGGGUUCGACGCUCGGAGUGUAUGAAGAUAAAUAUUAA